CUAAACUGGGUUGGAAAUUGUGGAUGCGAAUGAUAGCUCUCCUGUUAGCUGGGCAGCCGGAGGAUUUUAGCAACAUUUCCUGCUUUGAUGACUAAAAGUGAGGCCAUGCAUAGUUAAUACAAGAACUGACUUCCAAAUGAGUAAGCAGUUUGUCUUAGGAAAAUGGGGAGAUUGUAGUGCUGAAUUAGACGCACGUGUGUUGGUUACCAUGGUGUAUUGAUUUUGGUAGCCGCGCUUCUGUAUGUUUUUAUGCGUUUGUUGAAUUUUCCUUGCAGUGUCCUGGCGAGAGAGGCAAUUUUCACGCUUUUUGCUAAAUCAUGAGUGGAGUAAACAUGCAGAAAUGAAUGGUCAGUGAACUCAUAGAGGAGCUCCAGGGGCGAGGUCUGGACACCCGCGGCCUGAAAGCGGAUCUCGUCGACAGGCUGCAGACGGCACUCAAGGCCGAGGCCACUGGCGAGGGGGGCGGGCCGCCGGGACCAAUGGAUGAAGCGUGUGUGGGCGGCGAAUCGGCUGAGCACGGAGACGGAGCCGGCGAGGGGUACCAGGACGCAGAAGUGUUUGUGGUGAAAAAGGAGAUGAAAGAAGAGGAUGGACAGCAGUACGAAGAUGGUUUUAUGUUUCCAGAAGAGCAGCAGCACCUGCAUCCAGAGCCGGCCAAUGAGUGGGAGGCUCAGGAGGCCGUGCGGGUUAAGAUGGAGGACAGGCACAUGCCUUAUGGAUAUAAGAGACCCUCCCACGAGAGACAAGGAAUCAGUUACUCUGAAGUCUCUGAGUACAAGAGGGCAAAGAAAACUCUAGUUGGCAGGAGAGCCGAUAAAGCUACAGUGGAAGACCAAAUGCCGUGGUACCCAGCGCUGAAUCGGUUUGUGCACCGUCAACCAACAGAUAUGAACAUGCCAAAUCCAGGAAAGCGCACCAUGGCGGGAAAGAAGCUACGGAAGAAACGGGCCCCCAGCUUCACCGCCACAGAAAUGGAGAUCCUCCUAGAGGAGGUGGCGCUGCACCGGGACACGUUGCUGUCUAGUUUCCGCAGCACGAUGUCCAAUAAAAGCAAGCAACAGCUCUGGGAGGACAUUGCUAGAAAGAUGGCAGCUUCCAGCCUCAGCCCACAGAGGGAGUGGGACGUCGUGAGGAAGAAGUGGCAUGAUUUUGCCAGUGUGGCCAAGGCCAGAGGUGCCGCAGUCCGGAGAGACCGGGAGCAGACAGGUGGGGGCCCCAGCGCUGUGCCUGCACUCACCCCCAAUGAGGAGAAGGUGCUGGAUAUAUUGGGAGAGUCAGCCUCCCAGGGCAUCUUGGGGGGCAUUGACGUCAGAGCAGAUGAAGGUGUCAGCCGUAACCCUCAGACCAGGUCAUCCUCGCCCCCCCCUACCUCUGUGGCCUCCUCCCCCUCCAGCAGUGGCGCAGCUUCUCCGGCACCACCGACACCACACCCCUUCGCAAGGUCACCAGGGUCCACUGCAGUGUCACUGCGCCGACUAGCCAGGCCUCAAGGCAGGACUCGGCGCCAAUCCAUCCAGUGUGACUGCAGUAAAGAGUUGGUGAGGUUGGAGAAGGAGAAGCUGGAGGCGCUGCAGGGGAUUAAGAAAGAGCUACAAGAGGCCAACCACCUAGCACGGGCCACGCUGGAGGUGAAAAGGGCAAAGCUGGACCUCAUGCAGCGACAACAUUCCCUAGCUGAGCCAGAAUUCCGGAAGCCACACAUUUCAGUGCCCGUCAUACUGCCAAGUCAAGAUGCUGAGCAGUCGCAUCACCAGCGACUUGGAGGCAUCUCACGGCCAUAGCAACACGUCGGCAAAAGUUCCCAAGUGAAUAGUAUCUUUCUUUUGUUGCAAUAAAGACUGGUAUGCACCAAUACUUGUGUAUGUUGGUGACCUUGCGAUGACCAAUGGCAAUGGGACUUGCUAGACCCCUUUUACUGGGGCAUGUGCCCCAGUGCAAUCUCACGAUUGACGUUUGGAAGUUGGGUAAUUUAGAUAGAUAACAUUGGGAAAUGACUGAAUGCUACCUAAUCUGCAAUGUCAAAGCAAUGCAGUGUACCAAAUAAGGUAAAGGUGAGGCGGGCCCCUUUUAAUCUGCAUUUGUACACCCCGCUGUGCUAAAUCGGUUAUUUGUACCAUUUGGGGGGCAGUCAGUAGGGCAUUCUGGGUCCUAGGGGUGAGUCUGGCACUCUUUCUUGACUGGAAAAGGUUAAGUGUACAGCAAUUGUGGCCAUACAGUGGAAGGGUGACCAACAGAUUAAUACAGGCAUGUGAUUGGCAGGGGGUGGGGGAUGUGAUUGGCAGGGGGUUGGGCAUGUGUUGGGGAUGGCACCUUCUGAAAAGGGGCAAGGUUGUGUGACUGAUGUCUGAGCGUGAGACAAAGGAGGGGAAAUCCAUCCUCCAAAAACUGCUUGGAUGAGAUGGCCUCUUGCUUCCACUACAGCAACGUGAAGGGCGGCUCCUCCUUUAGGGGGAUUGUGGACACUGCUGUCUCCUCCCUCCUCCUCCGCCUCCUCCUCAGGCAAAGGUGCACCUGUGCCGACGGCGAUAUUGUGCAGCAUGGCUGUCAUAACUGUAACGGCACAGCACCUGCUUGGCCUAUAGCGCAGCCCUCCUGCCAAUUUAUGCAGGUGCCAAAAGCGCUACUUCCAGUGGCUGAAUGCGUGUUUGAUGAUGGGGCGGGCGUGAGCACAGUUGUAGUGCCGUUCCGCCUACAUCACUGGAAUGCCAACUGUAGUGAGGAGGUACCGUCGGAGGGGGCAGCCGCUGCCUCUGUGGAACACACUCUGGAGAAGAUCCCUCAUUUAGCACCGGGAGCCACGGCUGAAUUGGCCCACGCAAAGCUGCCAUAGGUGUUGCCUGACCACCACAUCCAAAACUUUGCCCCAGUAGUCAACCACCACCUGAGCAUUGAUGGCUGCAAAAUGGGAAAAGGACUGGUCCAUCGUGGAUGGCUUUGCAGUCCGGAUGAGUGUCCCGACCACCACACCUAGGACUUGGGGGAUCCCCGCUGUUGUAUGGAACCCUUCGUUCACCUCUAUGAUCUCACGUCUUGCAGAGGGCAGAUAUGUGAUGUCUCACAUGAGAUAGGAGGAUGUUUACACCUGCCUGGAUGCCCUCCGCACAGUGCACUUGCUCAGCUCAUACCCAUCUCCAUUUACCUCCUGUCGCGUAGAAGCACAGAGCCGCCAGAAGCUGGAUUUCUGGGCUGAGACCGUGGCAACAUCAGCUUGUGAUGUUACUGAGUGAAAAUGCUGACUUCAGAGGUGUGCGGUCUGAACACUGGGGGCCACCAGCAGUAUGAUUUGACAACAGUGAUGAGAGACAGCUAAAGGAGGCUCAGACCAACCUUGCCAAAGAAUAUCUUACGGAACCUAUACUUAACUAAGAACAUUUCGGGCAGCACAUCAGAGCAUUAAGAGACAACUUAAGGUAGAAAGUACGAAUGACGUAGUGUUAAGGUUUUGGGAAACGCACCCCUGCGUACGUUAACUUUGUAUUGCAGUGACUUACUGCCAAGAGCUUGGCCAGCUGUUAUAGCUGCGUUGAAUUUUAUUACACAGGAGGAUGCUGACAUGAUCCAGGAGAACUGAAACAGCUGUGAUGUGCAGCAGAUUACUGACCCACCAGCUGCAACGGGAGACAGCAUUUCUGUUUAUUUGGAGGGCAGCAGCUCUCUUGCUGACACUUCACCGGCCAUGGCGUGCCGCACAUCCGAGUCCAGAUCCAGCAGGACGUAUCCUGAAACAUCUCGCUGGAAGAGUUAUAAGACCUUUAAAAAAGUUUCUGCUGUGUGCAAAAGUUUCAGUAUAUAAAAGGCUAGAGUCCUACAAAAAACAAUGCUGGCUUUUAAGGAAGAGGAGUUUAUAUUUAUGAACCUUGAGAUAUUGUUUUUUUAUCUUAUGCAUUUCAUUUUUUUAUUUGAGCUGCGGGUCCUGCAGGUUACUGUACAAAUAAAGAUUAUUAUGAA